GAUUAAAAAGAAACAUUUGGUAGACGUUGAAAGUUGAAACGGAGAGGAGAGAAAAUUGACGGUAGAUUUUGUUUGUUUGACAGUUAAAGGAAGAAAUCGCGGUCUCUUUGGCAGGCAACGCAACGAUAUCUGAACUCUCAAACCCUCAAAUCCAAGGUCUCCGAAUCGAGUCCAACCCAAUUCCCAAACAUGGACUCGAUUCUCUUGCGUCUCCACACUCUCCCCCCUCCUCUCUCCUCCGCCGCUCACCGCCCUCUUUCCCACCCUCUCGCCGCCGCUUCUUUCCACCGCUCUUCUCCUCCUCUCCCAAGGCUCCGUCCCUCGCCGCUUCUCGCUGCCAACACCCUCACCGCUAAUUCUGUCUCGCCAACAGGUGGACUAUACACUGUUGGUGACUUCAUGACAAAGAAAGAUGAGUUAAUUGUGGUGAAGCCUACAACAUCUGUGGAUGAAGCUCUGGAAAUCCUUGUUGAAAACAGGAUAACUGGUUUUCCUGUGAUUGAUGAUAACUGGAAACUGGUUGGCGUUGUUUCAGAUUACGACUUGUUAGCUCUGGACUCUAUAUCAGGUCAUGGGCGAAAAGAUAACAACAUGUUUCCGGAAGUUGACAGUAGUUGGAAAACUUUCAAUGAGGUUCAAAAGCUGCUGAGUAAGACAAACGGAAAGUUGAUCGGUGAAUUGAUGACCACUGUCCCUAUGGUUGUUCGGGAGACCACCAAUCUCGAGGAUGCUGCGAGGUUGUUGCUAGAAACCAAAUUUCGACGCCUUCCGGUUGUAGAUGCUGAGGGUAGACUGGUGGGGAUUAUCACAAGAGGAAAUGUUGUAAGAGCCGCACUUCAAAUUAAACGGGGGAACCAAAAGAAAGCAUGAUAGGAUUUAGAUCAUUCAAAAAUUUGCUGCUGGAUUUUAUGCAGUAGUUCGAUUGAAGUGUUCACAGAAGCUUGCUUAAAUUAGAAUUAAGAUUUUGGCUUAGGCAUGUAUAUCUUGUCGUUUUUCUAUUUACACGAAUGUUUGUCGUUGGCAAUAUUUUGAAAAGGGCAAUUAUUAUUCUUAGUAUUCUCAUUGUAAUUUUUAUGGACCACCUUGGUGAUAAAGAUGUUGGAAAUGUAGUGACUUCGCUGCAUUAAUCAUAUGUCAAAGACUAUUGGUAAUUCA